AUACAGCAUGCGCUACUCAUUCGUACUUGUCCUCGCAGUCCUCGGCUGCCUCCUCUUCGUCCAGGAGGGCAGUGGUGCCAGCUCCACGACCAGCACUGAAUCGUCUACCACCACCACCACCACCAGUGCUUCUGACACCACCACCACCACCGCCUCCUCCUCGGACACUACGACCACCACCGCCGCCUCCUCCUCGGACACCACCACCACCGACUCGUCCUCCUCCUCGACUUCGUCAGCGGCCGCCAGGAGGCGCAGGCGUGCCCGCCGUCGUCGUCUGGCCAGGCAGCGCCAGCGCAGGGAGCGCAGGAGGCAGCGCAGAACCCAGAGACUGCGCCAGCAACUGAGGGACCAGCGCCGUGAAAUCAGUCAGCUGCGUGGAUAAGUGCGGAUGCUAACACAUAUCGACCAAAAGAGAUAUGGGUCUUAUGUUAAAAAAACGUUGUACAGUCGGGGUUUUUACAUUUCUCAUCAUGUU